CAGGCGUGGGAACGUUGCCUUAGACCUGAGCUUCCUCAGCUCCUCUUUAGUGGUGGUCAGAAGUGUUACCCCUCCCUGGCAGCUGGACAGGUUCUUCCAGGAUCCGCAGCUUCAGUUUCGGGGUGGAGGCGGCCUAGUCACCAGGAGGGUUCCUGUCCUGGUUAUGAACCGCUUUUCUGAGACAGGGUCCCCAAUAGCCACCGGCAUGGCUUCUUAGAAGCCAGGCUUGGGGUUAUCUCCGCGCUGAUCUCGAGUCAGUGGUGGCAAACCAACCUACUAGGAAACAAGGCGGUGCAGUUAAAAAAAGUGUAUAUACACGUACACACAUACACUAAAAAAAAACCUGCGCAACGACCAAAACAAACGUGGUGGUUGCAAAGGGAUUCCCAGAACCAGUUUCCUCUUCGUGCUCACCCCCUUCAUUUGCAUCCAGGCCCCGCCUGAGCAGAAGAUCCGGGCAUGUAUUUGCAAAAAGGGGUACUUGAAACGCUGAGGGUGGUAUGCAAAUACGGGCAAGCUCCCAUUGGCUAGGGUACAGCAGGUGCCGCGUCCGGAUUGAUCAAAGCCAAGUGGGCGGUGCCCUAAUCCGGGACGACUCUCCUGCAGCGCGUGCCCGGGCUCAGUAUCGUUGGGGCUGGCGCACGCGGCAAAUUCUAGCGUGGCUCCGCUGGCGGGCCCGUCCGGACCCCCGAAAUCUCUGCCUUCCACCCUGGCGCCCCCCAGCCCUGGCUCUCCAUCCUCGCUGCCCCAGGCCUCUUGUGGGCUCAGUGGGCUCAAUAUGUGCGGCGCUGCCUCCAUGUUGACCAAAUCGCCGGCUCCACCGCUCCCUGAGACCCCCAUGCCGCCAGGAGGCAAGGAUCGCGAAGCGUUCGAGGCCGAGUACUGCCUUGGACCCAUCCUGGGGAAGGGGGGAUUCGGCACGGUCUUCGCCGGACACCGCGUUUCGGAUCGACUCCAGGUGGCCAUCAAAGUGAUCCCCCGGAACCGUGUGCUGGACUGGUCCCCCAUGCCUGAUUCUGGCACAUGCCCACUGGAAGUGGCCCUGCUGUGGAAAGUGGGUGCCGGUGGUGGACACCCUGGUGUGAUCCGCCUCCUCGACUGGUUUGAGACAACAGAGGGCUUUAUGCUGGUCCUUGAACGCCCUUUGCCAGCCCAGGAUCUCUUUGACUACAUCACAGAGCAGGGACCACUGGGUGAAAACCGAAGCCGCAGCCUCUUUGCCCAAGUAGUGGCAGCGGUUCGGCACUGCCAUGCCCGUGGUGUUGUCCAUCGUGAUAUCAAGGAUGAAAAUAUCUUGAUGGACCUCCGCCGGGGCUGUGCCAAACUCAUUGAUUUUGGUUCCGGUGCCCUGCUUCAUGAUGAACCGUAUACUGACUUUGAUGGGACACGGGUGUACAGCCCCCCUGAGUGGAUCUCCCGUCACCAGUACCAUGCCCUCCCGGCCACAGUUUGGUCGCUGGGCAUCCUCCUCUAUGAUAUGGUAUGUGGGGACAUCCCGUUCGAGAAGGACCAGGAGAUUCUGGAGGCUGAGCUCCACUUUCCAGCCCAUGUCUCCUCUGACUGCAGUGCCCUAAUUCGCCGAUGCCUGGCCUCCAAACCAUCUGCACGUCCUUCGCUGGAGGAGAUCCUGAUGGACCCCUGGAUGAAGGCAGCAGUCGAAGACAAAUCUCUUGAUGAUGCCCCCAAAGGGGGUCCCACCCCUCUAGCUUGGUCCCUGUUGCCAUAGUCGUGGCCAGGCCCCCCACCGCUCUCUCCCACCCCCACCCCUCACCCCUAGUUGGAAUAGCCAUCCCAUGGUCGUGCCACAGGGAUAGAUGGACCAACAUCGGUUGACUUGGUUUUACAGGUCUUUACAAAUCCAGUGUUAUAGGGUCAGAGAUUGGGGGAUAGGGGUCAGAAGGACCUAAGCCAAAUCUGUCCCAGCCCCCCUCCCAAUCCUUGCAAGGAGCCUUCCUCCCAGAUCUUGUGGUCUCUUCUUCUGGAGAGGGAAUUUCAGUGCUUUUUCUUUUGCUAGAGAUGUUGAUUUUGUCCAUGUUCCUGUCUGUUCUGAGCCCCUACCUCCCCACACCCACCCCGGGAUUCUGUCUCUGUUGAAGUGUAGCUGCUCAAGUUAACCUACCUGCUACUACCAUGGGGAUUUAGUUCUACUGCUGUUUGGGCAAGGGUGCUUUCUUUCCACUUCCCCAGCACAAAGGGACUCUUAGCCUAGGAUCGUUCAUUCAGUCAGGCUGCUCACCUACCUCAGCCCAGGGUUGCUUAUUCUGGGGGAGGUAAUGCCCUCUCAUUUUCCCUGGGAUCAUGCUCUCGCUUCCAUUCCCCACCCCCUUUUUGAUGAAGGGACCUUUGUGUGUUAUCCCAAGUGCUCUUAUUCUGAUAAAGUGAUCCCUACUUCCGUGAUUUUAGGGGAAGGAAUGGGAGAUGGACAGCACCAGAGUCCACUACGAAGGGGUUGAUUGAUGGCUUUUGGUGGGAUGGGGUGAAGGAAAUAAAGUCUUGUUUGUUCUCUCCCACCCCCAUACAUACCUACUUAGAUACUUGUUGCCUCCUUCUGAGCCAGGCUUGUCCAGUUGCUGAAAUGUAAAUACUUAG